AUGCCUCGAGGAUUUCUCGUGAAGCGCAACCGGAAAGCCAACCCGGUGUCGUAUCGGGUGCGCUCGGAUGAUGAGGACCCGGACCGGACGCCGCGCGUGACGACCCGGGUCACCCCGCCUCCCUCCGCCGCCUCCUCGCUCCCUACCGGUCCAGACCGGACCUUGUCGUCCUCCUCCGCCGCGGUACCGGAGCCGGACGUGAAACCGGUCCGGUUCGGGAACCCGGAUACGGUAUCCUACUGCCCGCAGGCGCUCUACAGCCCCACGCGCCCCAUCAGCCGGGAGCACGAGCGCCCCUGCCCGGAAGGGGCGGCGGUCCACCUGGGCUCGCCCCCCAGGUCCGCCGGCUCUGACCCGACGCCCCCCGCAGCGCAGACCGCCCUGGAACACCUGUUCGUCCCGAUGGACCUGAAGAUCGGCACGAGCAACAGCAGCCGCACGGGCACCACCACAAGCGCGAGCAUCACCGGCGCGAGGACCACCGGCACCGGGAACGGGAACGGUGGCAAGAGGAACGCGAGCGACGGCCCCACGGAGCGCAAGGCCAAGCCGCCGUCCAAGAGACCAAAGGCGACCCGCAAGCUGCACUUCGAGGACGACGUCACCACGUCCCCGGUGCUCGGGCUGAAGAUCAAAGAGGCGCUCCUCGCGGACGAGGAGAAGCCAGCGCGGCCGCGGUCGGCAGACGGCGAGGAGGUGCCGCUCGGGGACUUCGUGUGCCAGCUGUGUCGCGAGGCGUACGCGGACCCGUUCGCCCUCGCGCAGCACAAGUGUUCCCGCAUCGUGCGCGUGGAGUACCGGUGCCCCGAGUGCGACAAGGUGUUCAGCUGCCCCGCGAACCUCGCCUCUCACCGACGGUGGCACAAGCCCAAGGCGCAGCAGAGCGCCUCGAGCGGCGCCUCGAGCAGCGCGCACGCGGAGAGCGAGCCCAUGGUGCGCGGGGACGAGGGGAGGGAAGGAGCCGCGGAUCGGGACACCCCCAGCCCCGCGCUCUCCGAGUCGGGGUCCGAGGAGGGACUCUACGACUGCUCCCACUGCGGGAAGAAGUUCAAGCGCGCGGCGUACCUGCGGAAGCACCUCUUGUCCCAGCACGCGCCCCCGAAGCCGACCCCGAGCAGCGAGGAGCGCGAGGCUCCCAUCCUUCCAACCCCCGCGGCGAGCGACCUCCUCCUCACCCCCGGACCCGCGCCUUUAAACCUGAGUUCUUCGUCCUCCUCUUCGUCUCCGUGUCACGUGUGUCCGGUGUGCGCGGAGAGCUUCCCCAACCGCUCGAGCCAGGAGCGGCACAUCCGGCUCCUACACACGUCACAGGUGUACCCUUGCAAGUACUGCCCCGCCGUGUUCUACAGCUCCCCGGGGCUCACGCGCCACAUCAACAAGUGCCACCCAUCGGAGAACCGGCAGGUCAUCCUGCUCCAGAUGCCUGUGCGGCCCGCGUGCUGA